GCAAAACCCAUGUUCCAAAUAUUUCACAUUUUCGACACUCAUUUCCACUUUCCAGCCAAGGUCAAGAACAUACAACCAUUCUACAACAGUGUGAUUCUGCAACAACAGCUAGCAAAUGAAUAGUUUAUAUUAUCCAUUUUAAAAUAUCAAUAAAUAAAAAUCACAUGCAUGAAUUCAUGAAGCCAAUAAAAUCCAGCCCAACAUCAUCAACAUCGAUCAUCAACUCAAUGGCUUCUCAACACUACCAUGAACUACUACUCUCCACUUUACUCUUUCUCUUCAUCUCCCUCUCCACUCAAAGCCAUGAAACCCUGGUUUUCCCUGUCAGAAAAGAUCCCACCACCCUCCAAUACAUCACUGGCAUUUACCAAAGAACUCCUCUCGUCCCCGUCAAGCUCCUCGUCGACAUUGGAAGCGGCUUCAUGUGGGUAAACUGUGACAAUCACUACAUCUCAUCAUCUUACCGUCCGGCGCAGUGCAACUCCAAAGAGUGUGCCCUCGCCGAGUCCAUGACCUGCAACACCUGCAAUGGCUCUCCCGGCCCCAACUGCAAUAACAACACUUGUGGUCUCUUCCCAGAGAACUCCAUCAUCAAUCUCAGUACCACUGGCGAUGUCAUUGAUGAUGUCGUUCUCUUUAGGUCAAUUCACGGCAACUUUGCUACAGUUCCUCACUUUCUUUUCUCCUGUGGAGGAAAUAAUUUGAUGGAAGGUUUGGCCAGUGGUGUUGAUGGUGCUGUUGGCUUUGGCCGGACCAAGAUCGGCAUCCCAACUCAGUUGUCAUCAGUUUUCAACAUUCAUCCACAGUUCGCAUUGUGUCUUUCUUCAUCUCCAUCCUCUAAUGGUUUCGUCUUUGUUGGUAAUGGAGGCAAUUACAAGCUAGCCCCUGGUAUUGAUGUUUCCAGCUCUCUUAUGAGAACACCACUAAUAAUUAACCCUGUGAGCACUGGAGGAGUCUCCUUCGAAGGAGAAACAUCGUCUGAGUAUUUCAUUGGAGUUAGCUCAAUAAAGAUUGACGGCAAAGCAGUGAAGAUAAACACAACACUGCUGGAAAUAGAUGAUGAAGGAGUUGGGGGAACAAAGAUAAGCACGGUGACACCAUUCACUAGCGUGGAGACAAGCAUCUAUAAGUCAGUAACCAGGGUAUUCAUCAAGGCAGCUGAAGCUAAGAAGAUGAAGAGUGUGGCACCAGUGAAACCGUUCAAGGCUUGUUUUAGCUCUGAGAGUAUAAAGAGCACCAGGGUUGGGCCUGACGUGCCAAUUAUUGACCUGGUUUUUGGCAGUGAGGAUGUUUAUUGGAGGGUGUUCGGAGCUAACUCAAUGGUGGAGGUGAAGGAGAAAGGAGUGGUUUGCUUGGGUUUGGUUGAUGGAGGAUUGAGUCCUCGUACUUCGAUUGUGAUCGGUGGGCAUCAACUGGAGAAUAACUUCUUGGAGUUUGAUUUGGCUACUUCUGUUCUUCGGUUUAGCUCUUCCCUGCUGUUUCGACAGACCACUUGUGCAAACUUUUAUUUUGGUGCCAAGCCUUAGAUUUGAGCGCAUGUGGUGUGACGAUGAUGAUCACGGGUGUAAGUUACUGUAUUAUUAUUAUUAUGUCAGAGCAUGCGGUGUUAUGAUGGAUGGUCACGGGUGUUCUUGCUUUUUCAUUAUGUCUGUGGUUUGUUUUGAAUUUUAAAUGACAAAGAAGCUCAUACUUCUUCCUUGAAAGCUUUGAAAGCUUUGGAUUUGUUUUAGGUUUGUUAACGUGUGGCAAAGAUGAUCAAUA